GAAAGAGAAGAAAGGUAUAGCUAGUACCUAGCAUAGACAAAUCCAUCAUCCAUAUGAGAAAGAGUUGUUGAGUAUCAAAAGGCAGCGAUGGCAAUUCCGUGGUCAAACAUUUCCAUCGUGUACUUCCUUGUUAUAUCUGUACUCAAUAUUUUGCUGCUUCAUUAUUCUGCGGUUACGGGAGAAACUUUUGAGUAUUAUUAUGACACUGCCUCUCUAAAACGAAGCAGCUUCCCAGAGGACUUCAUAUUUGGUACAUCGUCUUCUUCAUAUCAGUAUGAAGGUGCAGUGAAUGAAGGAGGCAAAGGUCCAAGUAUAUGGGACACUUUCACAAAGAAAUAUCCAAAUAAAAUAAAGGAUGAGAGCAGCGGAGAGAUAGCGGUUGAUUCAUACCAUCGUUUCAAGGAGGAUGUACAAAUAAUGAAGGAAUUAAGGUUUGAUGCUUAUAGAUUUUCCAUCUCAUGGUCAAGGAUCCUACCAGGUUUGACACCCUUCAUAACACUUUUCCAAUACGAUUAUCCCCAAAGUCUCGAGGAUGCAUAUGGUGGCUUUUUGAGUCCUCAAAUUGUGAAGGAUUUCACAGACUAUGCAGAGGUAUGCUUCAAAGCAUUUGGUGAUAGGGUGAAGUACUGGAUAACCUUUAAUGGGCCAUCCAUUUUCUCUAAAUUGGGUUACACAAUUGGAAAAUAUGCUCCUGGAAGAUGCUCAAGUUGGCUAAACUUGAACUGCACCGGUGGUGAUUCAGCUACUGAGCCCUACAUUGUUACCCACCACCAACUUCUUGCCCAUGCUUCUGCUGUCAAACUCUUUAGGGAAAAGUACCAGGGUACACAAAUGGGACAAAUUGGGAUCAUUCAUGGCACUGACUGGGUUGUACCGUUGUCCCAAUCCAAGGAAGACAUUGAUGCAACAUCUAGAGCACUGAGUUUCUUGUUCGACUGGUUUAUGGAACCGUUGCAUUCUGGUUCGUAUCCAGCUAUAAUGAUUGAGAAUGUGGGAGAAAGACUGCCAAAGUUUACCGAAAAAGAAUCAGAUAUGUUGAUAAAUUCUUUUGAUUUUAUUGGAAUAAAUUACUACUCUUCAGUUUAUGCAGCUGAUAUCAAAUGCCCAACUCAAAAUAAAACCUACCUUACGGACUCAUGUGCUGACCUCACCUUUGAGCGUAAUGGAAUACCCAUCGGGCCAAGGGCUGCUUCAGAUUGGAUAUACCUUUACCCUCAAGGAAUUGAAGAAUUAUUAAUGUACAUCAAGAUCAAAUACAACAACCCAAUCAUAUAUGUAACAGAGAAUGGUUAUGACAAUUUUAGUGACGAAAAUCAAUCACUCAAAGACCAAACAAGGAUAGAUUGUUACGUUCAACAUCUUUCACAUGUUCAUAAUGCUAUAAGGAAUGGGGUCGAUGUGAGAGGCUACUUUAUAUGGUCGCUUUUGGAUAAUUUCGAAUGGUGCGAUGGUUACACUGUUCAAUUUGGGAUUGUCUAUGUUGAUUUUGCUAAUGGAUUAAAGAGAUAUCCAAAGGAUUCAGCCAAAUGGUUUAAGAAUUUUCUCCAUCAAGAAUAUAAAUCCCAGUGAAAGUGUUGAUGGAUGGAGACAGCAGCUUAUUAUUCUCUUCAAAGAAAAUUAAAAAAAUUUUUACGUAGUAUAUUUCCUACUUUUUA